AUGGCAUGGUUCAGCGCCGCCGUCACCGGGAUCUUGAGCGCCUUGGUCGACCGCGCGGUGGUGGCGAGCAAUUCGACGAGGAAGUACUUCGCCACGGCGGAGAUGGACUUCGACCCCAAGAUCUACGGGCUAGCGCAGUGCACGCCGGAUCUGACACCAGGGCAGUGCCGGGGCUGCCUCGAGCGCCUUUUGGUAACGACGACGAACGAGUUCCUAAUAAGCCGGCGGCCCCCGGUGAACAACGCCUUACUGGUGUGGUGCCAGCUUCGGUACAGCGUGUCGCUGGUCUACGAGGGCCAGGCGAUGCUGCAGCUCCCCGCGCCACCAGAGCCACCAACUCAGGGCACGCUCGCGCCUCCUAUGUCAGAGUCCGGAGCAGGGACAAAAAGGAGUAGAGCAGGAAUUAUUUCUGUUGCCGUCGCCUGUUCCAUUCUGUUGGUGUUGAUUCUUUCAGCUUUUUUCUUGGUUCGCCACAGGUGA